AUGAUUGGAGACGAGUCGAUCACCACCACGACGAUCACCCAAUCAGCCUCCCUCAGAUCGGUGGAAGCGGGCGUUCUGAAAAGCUUGAAAACGAAGCAAGCGGAACUGGAGAAUGAAAUCGCCGAGUUGAGGACGAAACUCUCCGACUCGGUGAAGAGGAAUGGCAAUUUGGAGGAGGAGGUCGCGACGGAGCGGCGAGAGAAGGAAGAGCUCCGGGAACGAGCACAUGCAAGGGCGACGGGACAGAAGGAGGAGCACCCAAUCUGUGAGAUUUGUCUCGAGGAGUUUAGUGAAGUGGCACCUCUCAUUCCGAGAGUCUUGGGUGAGUUAUCACUUUCAUUUUCAACCUUAUUUUCAUCUUUUUGUUUGCAGGCUGUGGUCACUCUCUCUGCGAAGAAUGCUGUCGGAAACUGCUGAGCGCGAACGACAACACCGUGCUGAUCUGUCCGUUUGACCGCCUGCCCACCCUUCUCCCCGAAACGACCGUCGGUUCUCUUCCGAAGAACUUUUCGGUUAUUCAGAUGAUCCGUAACGAGGCGCAACGGGAAUCCGAAGUUACAUACGACAACGUCGGCAUCCUGAUCACAACGCUAGCAUUCGGAUUCGCCAUGUAUUACUUUUCGCGUUGA